AUGUCAGAAAUUGCUGGAUCAGUUCAUCCCAAGAUCAGCAGAGAGAAUUUAUACACCACUGAAGAAGCUCAUCAAAAAUUUAUGAAAAUUUAUCCCAAUAUCUUCAUUAAAAAAAACCCUGCACUGCCAGGUAUUCCUGGAAAAAGAACAAUAGGGGUACAUUCCUGUAAUGUCAUCACUGAUGCUCUAGCUGCUAAAGGUUCUCACAACAUAAAUUUCUAUUUGAAUAAGAUGAAAAGUCUCCAGAAGCCACACCCUGGGUCUCCAGAAUUCCAAAAGAGUUUGCAAAAAGUAAUUAAAAUACUCAAGCAGAUGCCCAUUCUAAGAACUGAAGAAGAGCAUGAGACUGUAUAUAAAAUAAUGAAAAUCAUUCCUGAUAUCAGAGAGCAACUAUCUGAUGAACAGAUAAAGGAAAUAAGCAAAACUGUUCUAAGAGAGUACUGGGUGAAGGAAAGUACAGUGGAUGCAAGCCAAGCAUUCUAUGCAAUACUUAGAGGCUCUGUUAAGCCACAGACAAAGUAUUACAAAAGGCUUAUUGGAGGAAAAUUUAUUUCACUGCCUCUUCAGGUGCCUACUGUCACAAGUGAAUCACAACCAACCCACCCAUUACUUGGUGUAGGGUGCUGUUUUGGGACUUUGGUACCACUCCCUUCGAAGAUGAAACUUGAGGUACUUAGUGUUCUUGUAGAGGAAAACUGUGAUUUACUCAAAAUUCCAUCUGUCAAUUACUUAAGGGUAAAAGAGAAAAUAGCAAAACAUGAACAGCAGGCCAAAGAAGAAGUAAUCCGUAGCUCUCCAUACUACCAGAACUGGCCUAUGAUAUUUAUAUUUAAGUUAACUACUCGGUUAAAAUGGAAGAAGUUUCCAAUAGACCAUGUGCUUAUGAAAGGAGGAGAAAUAAGCAAAUAUGUAGGAUUCAUUAAGUCCGGAUGUUGCAAUGCUUACCGAAUAAUCCCGGCUCUUGUAAAGCGACCUUUGGGGAAAAUGGUUAAACAAAUGAGACAAGUUCUCAUUGGCCAAUUACAUCAAAACCAAUCCUUUGGAGAAGCAAGCGUUCUUCUUCAGACACCAUCUACAUAUACAUUGAAAGCAGCAACUCCUGUUGAACUGGGACUCAUUGAUGCUACAGAUGUACUUGCCUUAGAUCCAGUGAUACAGAUGCUCCUUCUACAAAUAGUACAACCAUCAUUUGAAAAUAUCUCAUACGAUGACCUCAAGAUUAAAUACAUUAAGGAUGAAAUAGAAAAGGAAUGGAGAAACAAAAAGGAGACGAUAUUGCAAGACACACUGUUCUAUAAUGGAAUUAGACCUGGGGUUGGAAAAUGGACCCACAACCAUCUUGAUAAACACCAAAAAAAUCAUCAAGCAUAUCCAUGUGUUGCUUCUUCUAGAAGAUGUCUGUGA